CUCAUAGCUAAAAGAGCAGAUAUCAAUUACACUCCAUAACUAAAACAUACAAAAUAGAUUAAAAUGAAAAAAGCAACCUUUGUAUCCGCAUUUUUCUCUCUCCUCCCUCCCUUCUGCUUUCUCUUCCAUGAAAAAUGUUCAAUGUUCUUCAAGUCCACUAUGUCUUUUCCGAUGCAGGUGAGAUUAGCUUUUGUUUUCCUUUGGUCUUACCAAGUGGUGGAAUUAGUGCAGAUGCACCUCCCACUACGCUUAGUGAAACUGACAUUGACCGUAUGGCAUUUUUACAAGCUAACAUCACACGAGAUAACACCAAGUUCAUAAAUGGGACAAUAGUUGGUGAGAGGAAUGUUUUCCAGGUGAGAUUAGCUUUUGUUUUCCUUUGGUCUUCUCUCAUUGAGUUUCUUUUGCAAAUCGAUGCCGGAUUUGCAAAUCUCAUUCAUCGAUUCGUGCCGGUGGCUUUCCGUCUAAAUACCCCAGUUCUUGAUCUUAAUGACUUUAUAAUUGAUAGUUCCAAGUGCAUUCGUGUUUUGAUAAUUGUCAACCGUUUCGGUAACCGCAUAGAGAACCGAACCUCGCUCUUUGUGCAACUUGCAAUCAAGAGAAAACGGCUGUAA